AGGAAGUGGCGAAGAAAAAGGGAGGAUGGCUGGAAGCUGCAGUGGGGCUCUGGAGUCUGGACUAGCAGGGUGGGGGGAGGAGAGGGGACGCUGCAGUGGCUUCGGCCAAGGCUGGAAAGAGCGUGUGGUUGCAAUGUUUAAUAGGGAAGUAUGAGAGAGCCGUCUGCUGCAGAAACCUCCAAGUCCGGGAGAGAUCGUCCCUCCCCUAGCCGGGGUAUGAGACCCAGCGAGACUGCCCUGGAAAGAUUUUUCCAGCCCGCAUUCCUUUCUCAGAGGAUGGCGCUAAAGUCGAGUCCUGCCUCCCUGUCCUCCAGCGAUGCGCAGGAAAGCGGAGAGGGUAGAGAGGCUGUUGCUAAUGAUCCCAGAGUUGAGCUGGGGCGCGGUGGCGCUCUGGAGCCGGCCCCACCGGGCCUGACGGUGCAGAGGCAGGAGGAGGGCACUACGGAGGUUUCUGCAGUAAAUCAGCCCUCUAGCUAUAGAAAUCACCGGAGCUGGGGAAGGAUGGGACUCCCUCCUUUAUGAGACCCUACCGCUCCUACCCAGGUCUCUGGGAGUUUGUCCCGGAUGGGGAGGCCAAGUGCUUAAGUUUUGAGAAUGAAAGCUCCAUAAGGGGAGAGAUUUUUGUCUCCCCUGCACCCUCCAUCACGGAAUCCCCAGCUCCUAAAAUAGUGCCUGGCACCUAGUAUGUAGAUGCUUAAUAUAGUUAUUGAAUGAAUAACAAAAACCACCAAGUCCCAUGCUCUCAUCCAGAACUCCCCAUGCCAAACGUAGUGGGUUUUAGGAGACCUGAAUUCAGUUUCGUUUCUGCCACUUAUUCAUUCAGCGACCUUGGCCACAUCAUUUUCCUCAUCUGUUAGGGAAUUGGACUGGAUAAUCUAUAAUACUAUUUCUAAUUCUGAAUAACAGUCUGCAUCAUCUCACAGGUGAAAAGGACCAAGACCCGAAUCCUGCGGCUGUGGCCGAGAACGCUGCACUGAGCCUGCGCGCAAAGCCUCUGAGUAAAAGGAGAAAGUAACCCCCUAACUAGGCCUCUGGAGGACGAAAGCUGCUGCACAAGUCUGCGCAGGCGCGCCCCGCUGACGAACACUCAUCAGUGCGCCGGCGCCCAUCUUAGUUGGUCUUCUAGUCCGGUAAACAGAGGGCCUGCCCCCGACAGCUUCUGCUUCCGGGUCACGCCUUGACAGCGGCUUUCAACCCCCACCUCAGCCCAGCAAUUCGGCAGUUUGGAGCAUGUGAACACCUUGAGCCUUGAUGAGUUCCAGUAUGUGGUAUAUUAUGCAGAGCAUUCAGAGCAAAUACUCUCUCUCGGAGCGCUUAAUCCGAACAAUUGCUGCCAUCCGUUCCUUCCCACAUGAUAAUGUAGAGGACCUCAUCAGAGGGGGAGCAGAUGUGAACUGCACUCAUGGCACACUGAAGCCCUUGCACUGUGCCUGUAUGGUGUCAGAUGCUGACUGUGUGGAGUUACUUCUGGAAAAAGGAGCCGAGGUGAAUGCCCUGGAUGGGUAUAACCGAACAGCCCUCCACUAUGCAGCAGAGAAAGAUGAGGCUUGUGUGGAGGUCCUAUUGGAGUAUGGCGCAAACCCCAAUGCUUUGGAUGGCAACAGAGAUACCCCACUUCACUGGGCAGCCUUUAAGAACAAUGCUGAGUGUGUGCGGGCUCUCCUAGAGAGCGGGGCCUCUGUCAAUGCCCUGGAUUACAACAAUGAUACACCGCUCAGCUGGGCUGCCAUGAAGGGAAAUCUUGAGAGUGUCAGCAUCCUUCUGGAUUAUGGCGCAGAGGUCAGAGUCAUCAACCUAAUAGGCCAGACACCCAUCUCCCGCCUGGUGGCUCUGCUAGUCAGGGGACUUGGAACAGAGAAAGAGGACUCUUGCUUUGAGCUCCUCCACAGAGCUGUUGGACACUUUGAAUUGAGGAAAAAUGGCACCAUGCCACGAGAGGUGUCCAGAGACCCGCAGCUAUGUGAAAAACUGACUGUUCUGUGCUCAGCUCCAGGAACUCUAAAAACACUCGCUCGCUAUGCCGUGCGCCGUAGCCUGGGACUCCAGUAUCUCCCCGAUGCAGUGAAGGGCCUUCCACUGCCAGCUUCUUUGAAGGAAUACCUGUUACUUUUAGAAUAGCCGGAGAAGAUGUUUGCACCAUCGUGCAGGCAGCUCUGGGUGAGGUUGUCCCUGCAGUACUCCUUGUCACAGAAAACAGAAAAACAGUUGUUCCUGUUGUGUGGUUUAUAGAUUUCGAAGCAACAUGUCACAACAAUAACCUCCAUAGCACCUCCCCUUCCCAAACCAAACAACCCAACAAAAAAAAUCCCUCACUUUUGUUUUCUGUUUAUUGCUUACUUGGCUUUUUAUAUUGCAUUUUGCAAAAGAAGAGGUCUCCCUCAAUCCUCCCCUUUAGGGAAGGAGUCAACAGUGUAACUAAAUUUCUCUAGGAAGAUGGAAAGUACUUAAAUAAUGUGUGUGUGGUUUUCCUUUGGGGACGUGGUUAACGGUCCAGAAGAAUCCCUUCUAGAAAGCAUUUUAGGCCAGGCAUGGUGGCUCACGUCUGUAAUCCCAGGACUUUGGGAGGCUGAGGCAGGUGGAUCACCUGAGGUCAGGAGUUCGAGCCCAGCCUGACCAAUAUGAUGAAACCCCGUCUCUACUAAAAAUACAAAAAUUAGCUGGGCAUGGUGGCAUGCGCCUGUAAUCCCAGCUACUCAGGAGGCUGAGACAGAAGAAUCGCUUGAACCUGUGAGGCAGAGGUUGCAGUGAGCCAAGAUCGCGCCAUUGCACUCCAGCCUGGACAACAAGAGCAAAACUGUCUCAAAAAAAAAAAAAAAAAAAAAUUUUAAUUGAUCUGUGAAAAAACUUAAGAAAAUCACAAUUUCAGCUAACAGCAAUUGUGUCCCAAAGAUGAAGAUACUAUAACCUCAAAUGGUGCAGAUCCAGAACUGGGCUGGAUGACAUCCCUACUGUGCCAUGUCCUGGGGCAUUUGGAAGGGACUGGACCUCUUUCCCCUCAUCAAAGGAAACAGCAGUCUUUGCCUCUUUCUGUUGGUUGUGCCCAAGGGCUACAGUAGCUCUGAAAUAACAAGAGCUCUGUAAUAACAGUAAUAAAUAGCUCUGAAAUAACAGUCCUAAGAACUCCUAAAGUCCUGAGAACUUUUCUUGUAAUGCAGCUUUUUCUCUUCCUGAGAAACUGUGUUCUAAUGGGCUUCCCAGGCAGUUCCUACACCUACGGUGUGUGUUCCAGCAGGGAGGAGUUAUGGGCUGGGCUGCCUUUUCCCAUGGGUCUUCAUUCCCAAUGGAAAGUUCACUCUGCUUAGUUUGGAAUUAUUUUUCUUUCAGUUGUUCUGGAACCUUUGCUUUUUAUUUAUUUAUACAAUACAAUUGGUGGGAGGGUGGACUUGGGAUGGGAGUGGGAAAAGCAUGUAAGAGCUCCUUUUGUGAUGGUCCAUCUACCCAAAAGAGAUCUGCUUUAGUGAACAAUACUCUUUCAUUUUUCUAAAUUAGAUCAAGUUGUUAUUGAUUUUAGAUGACUUGUAUGCAAAUUUGAAAAACUUUUUUUUUUUUAAAGCUGAUUGGGAACUACAAACAAUGAAUGGAAUCUACUGACACAGCUAAUUGGAAAACAGAUGUCUUCUUCUGUCCUAUUGAUGCUGGUGUUUAAAAAACACCACUUAAAAAAAAGAAUAAAUAGUUCUAAAAGCAA